AUGAUAUCUCCUCUUUCAUUUCCUGAAGAGGUCUGUGACGAGGCUACAGUAUCUCAGGUUUUCCAGGAUGGGUCUCGUAGUCCAACUACUAAGCAGACCCAAAACCAGGGAAUGGUUGGUAUUAAGAUCGGCAGCCAACUUGAUGAAAGUUUGCCUCAACGACUCCUCAGUCAGUGGUAUCUUGUUCAGCCCAACGAAUUGCCCGAAAACCCGGAAUGUGCUGAAGUGAACCGAAAGCUGAAACAGUCUCUGGUCUUUUCUCAUUGUCCAAGAAUCGCAUUGCCAGAGUGCGGCAAGUUUCCUCCAAAUUUGGUGCUCUAUGGCUGGGCUUCUCCGAAAAACACGGAGACUCAGAGGAAGCUGCCCCCAAAGAAAUUUGUUGCCAUCACAAAGCUUGAGGGAUGGGUGGUCAGUCAAGCGAAAAGUCACCGUGGGUACUGGGUUCAAAGCCAAAAUGCGAUUUAUUGGCUGCAGGAUCCAUGCACUCACAAAGCCCCAGUUCUACCCCUCGACGCUGUCGCAUUAGAGGCAACAACCAGCGUGGACCAAGAUGCCAAAAACAAUGCUUUGGAAGCGUUCGCAAGUGGAAUUGCCGCUGAUAAACACCCUCAGCCAGCAAACACUAGGAUUGAAAAACGCAGUAUGGAGAAAGUUUCCAAAGAGAAUAUUGUUAAUGAUAGCCAGGCAACUGAGCAGCCACUGAAACGAGGUCGAGGUAGACCCAAGGGAAGCAAAAACAAGAAGAGUCCAGCUGUACAGCUUCCCCCGCGGAAGAAGCGAGGUAGACCAAAGGGAAGCAAAAACAGGAAACCAAGCCUCGGCAUGACGCGCACUGUUGUCGCGCGUACUAUUGGCAGGCCACAAGCAACGACAGAAACUUCGUCUACUGAUGAGUCGGGAACGGUGACUAUUGCGGUCAACAGCCAAGAGGAUACUACAUCUACAGUCCCUUCUCAGUCUCAGGAAGAUGUUCAUCUACACUGCCGAGUUCGCCUUGGUUUACUUUCCAUCCUACUGGAUGAAACCUCCUCCAUGAACCAUGUACAACUAGCACAGUUUUCUUCGUUGGCGCCACGCGCAAUGCUAGCACGUCUGAAGGAACGGUAUGGAUCGAAUGAUGAGAAUGACACAGACAUUUGGGAUUGGGAACAAUGGCAACCACAUAGUCAUUUCAUAGGCUCCUAUCUUGUGAUUCAUAAUGCCUCUCUGUCUGUCCAAUGUAACCUGCGGCUGGGGAUGCUACUAAACCCAAGGAGCGGUGAUCUUACUAGUACUGUCCCUCGGCCUUGGGUGGACAAGGCUCCACUGCGCGAAUUGAAACCAGACGACAAUAUACGAUAUGUUUCUUUGGCUCUCCAGGCAGAACGAAUGGUUCGACAAACGCCGUGGGGGUCACCACUGUCCUCGGCGUCGGCAGGAAACUGGCCAGCCGCGCCUACCAGUAUUGUGGAAACAGAGAACAGCUCGACGACAAGCGCUAGCGCAUCGCAUCCGCAAGAUACGAAGCAGAACGGCAAUACAGCUAGUUCUCUACAAAGUAAUCCUGGGGGUUCCAAGGGUAGUUCGGACAAGGAAGAAAAUGGCAAGCGAUCUGCAUGCUCAAAUCAGGAGGUUUCGAUCGGUGUUGCGUUGCCGGAGCCAAUCCGGGCACAGCAAGAUUCUCAAAUCCAAGCUGACGAUGAAAUCCCAGCAAGUACGACUAGCUUGCCAGGGUCACAACGUGUUCGACUGGUUGAAGAUCCCAUCGUAGCCCCAUCGGUCGUCAGGAGCAGUACUGUUGGUAGUGGCUCGGAAGAUGAUCCCGUCGUAGUCAGGGGUGAAGAAAAAGACCGAGAGACGUCCGAGGGCAACGAAGGUAUCAUUUUCCAAUUUCGACGAUUCGACAAGGCAAUUGCGCUGCGGGUUCUUGACCCGUCCACGAACAUGAAGGAUGUUAUAGAGGCCGCAACGUGUGCAGAUCAAGAAAAUCAAUCAGGCGUUUUUCAUUGGAGUCCACCGGACAGAGUGCUUGUGUCCGAAGGGAAGAAAAUACUCGAGUUUAGGAUUGGAGGCUACACAACAUUCACGAGACCUCACAUCGAGACUUUAACGGUCUUUGACAUUGCACCUCAGUCAGCACGGCUUCACUCAAAUGGUGUGCAACCACCAAAGAAUUUGCUUGACCUCGAAGUUGGUCUCGUUUUGGCUUAG